AUGAACGUGCUGAGGGUGUCAGACGCGGCCAAGUGUAAAGCCUUUUCGACAACACUGAAAGGAAGUGCCAAGGACUGGUUCAGGGCCCAUCGAGCGAUCAUGAACACACCCAUGGGGCUGAUGUCAGUGAAGCAGGGGGAAUGUGAGUCCCUUCAAGAUUACGUGAAGAGGUUCCACGCGGCGACCCUCAACAUGAAAAACUUAGAAGACCAGUCGGCGAUUGAUGCCUUCAUCAUGGGAGUAAAAAAUGACCAUGUGCAGUACUCAUUCACAGAUAACAAGCCGCAAAGCCUAGCUGACCUAUACAAGUGA